AUGGUGUCUUCUGCACCGCUCGCGCGAUACAGAGAGCAACCAGCCAGCGACGAUGGGAAGUUCGGCAACACAUACUUUCGCUGGACGCUCCUCCACACACUGAUUGUCGUUACCUUGUGCUUCAUGCCGAUUUGGAUGCACUUUGUCCUCCCAGACUUUGUGGCAUACAUCAAUGCCUCGGGUAUGGCUUUCUUCAGCUUGAUGUGGAUCCUCAUUGCUGGGAACGCCGUCCUGAACAUGUGGCGGAUGACGCGUGAGCCUCUUCUGCCGGACAGGCCCCCUGAUGUUCAAGAGAAUGGCCGAGCCCGUUUCCGACACAUUGUGAUCGUCCCAUGUUACCUGGACCCAAUCAACGUGCUCUUCGAUUGCCUUGGAUCACUCCUGUCCCAGCAGCACCCAGAACGCUUGGUGGUAGUUGUGGCAUUUGAGAAGAAGACCCCAGACGUGCAGAUGAAGAUCGAGACUGUCAAGCAGGCAUUUCAGGGCCGCUUUGGGGAGCUCCUGAUUUCAGUGCAUACGAUUCGAUGGGAGACGGAGAUUCCUGGAGGCUGCUCCAAUAAAAAUUUUGCCUUGCGCACGGCGCACCGGCAUGUGUCGCAGAUGGACCCGCAGUACCAGGAGACCUCGUACACCGUCACGACGUGCGACACCGACACAUUAUUCAGCCCUCGGUACUUUGAAGUUCUAGAGGGGGCGUACAGCCAGGAGAACCCUGUGGGAAGUCCAGUGAAGCUCUGUGUUUGGCAGGGCCCCCUGUUUUACAACUGGAACUUGGACCAGCGCCCCUUCUUCAAUCGCAUCACUGGCAUCAUGCGCUCCCUGAUGAUGCUGGGCGGGCUGAUCUCCUUCAACUUAAACCCGAUGUCGGUCUUCUCCUACCCUCUGGAGCUGGGCCUGGAGGCAGGCUUCAUCAACCCUCGGUACAGCGUGGACGACAUCAUCUUCUUGGUGCGGGUAAUGUGCAGUGCAAGACGAGGCAUCCCCGUAAAGCUCUUGCGUGUGCCGGUCAUUUCUGGGCCCACCAUCGGCACCAGUUUCUGCGAGGAGGUGGACGAGUGGGCGCGGCAGAUUCGCCGCUGGAUCAUCGGCUCCUCAGAGAGCUUUCACUAUUUCCUCACGCACUACCGUGGGCGGCCCUUCUUUGCAGGUCUGAGGUGGUUCCUCAUGUUCUUUGUCUACUAUGCCGUGCUACUGUGCUGUGCCGGCCUUUUCACCGCGGCAGCUGCAGUCCCACUUCCUGGAUCAGUUUGGCCCCAUGAGUUUCUUCGAUAUGCUGGGCUGGUGUCCCUGGUUCUACAGUACUCCGUCUUCGCUGUGGCCUUUGUGAUCGACCGUUGUGCCAUACGCCACAUGACCGUAAAGGAGAAUGUCAGUUUCUUUCGCAACUUCAUCCACUGGCUUGUGUCACCCCUGGUGCUGCUGGUGUACAGCUUGAUUGCCUUCUAUGCCGUUGUCAAGUUCGCUUUCAGAGGCAAGAAAGAUGCAGGUCACGUCAUGGCGGCAAAGGCGGGGUUCCAGGCCGUCACCGCUGUCCGAGCCGAAGUCGGAGCGGAGGCUCAGACGUCACAGACGGCACAGGCCUCACAGGCAGAAGAGAGCUUCGCAGAAGAGAGCUUCCACAGUCGAUGCGAAGAUGAAGGGCGCCAGAACCCGCUGGAGGGUCGAGGUGGGGGCUUGGCCAACUUGGCCACUUGCACCGCCCCUCCAAUUCGCCCAGGCACAUUCCAUGCGCUCAGUGAUGGCGCGCUUUCCUACGAACUCAACCCCAGGCCCAUGUCCUUCCCCUUGUCUCGACAGGGCUUGGACCCAAGUGUGUGUGUAGGCGAGGCCGCCAAUUCGGCCACAAACGUUGAGGACAAGGAGGACAAGGUCUUGUGCCACUUGCCAGACAGCUUUUACUUCGGCAGCAUGCCCUUCCCAACUUUACCAAGCGGACGCUGCUCUCAGGGCUCCCCGCAAGUCUUUACGUAUGGCUUAUGA